UUGUCCUAAAUCAGGUACUGUUGUCUCUUUCCCUAUCAUUUUGUCUCUCUUUCUUCUGUGCGCGUAGAUGACUGUAGAGAGACGGAGAGAGCAGCAACAAAGACAAUAAUAAGCAAAUAUGAUUGAUUCGUGAAUUCAAAGAAAUCAUUUUUGAUUAAUCUUACGCCUUAACAAACCAACCUCACCAAUACUUCGAACUAACUCAAACAAAUCCCUUUUCUUCAUUUUCCUCUUCUUCUUCACCUUUCUCUCUCUGACUCUCUGGCGCUAGCAAGAGGAGGAAUACCAAAUGAAGCUCUCGGCGCUGCGGCUGAGCUACAUGAAUCGCCGGAGCACCAGCUUCAGAGGAUCAGCGCCGUUAGAUUCGUCUGCUGAAAGUGCGGUUAAAUCUCCCGCAGCUAUCUUUUGGCUCCUUCUCCAUGGUGUUUGCUGCCUUAUUAGUCUCGUACUCGGUUUCCGUUUCUCUCGUUUAGUUUUUCUAUUUCUUUUCUCCACCUCUGCCUCUAAUCUCUACGGCAUGCCAUUCCGUCAGCUCGCCACCACCGCUGACCUCGCCAAUCCUCUUAAUGUCCCUUACAAUCCGGUUGUUAACCCCGAAGUGCCUGCAAUUAACAAAACCGUCAGCUCUAGAGUUAUCGUUGGCCGCCAUGGGAUCCGGAUCCGGCCUUGGCCCCAUCCGAAUCCGGCCGAGGUGAUGAGAGCGCACCAGAUAAUUGAGAGCGUUCAGAAAGAGCAGAGGAUUCAGUUUGGAGUGAAGAGCCCAAAGACUGUUAUCGCGGUUACGCCAACUUAUGUACGGACUUUCCAGAGGCUGCAUUUGACCGGUGUUAUGCACUCGCUGAUGCUGGUCCCAUAUGGCGUUGUUUGGAUCGUGGUAGAGGCCGGUGGAGUCACUGAUGAAACCGCUGCUAUUAUCGCGAAAUCUGGAGUUAGGACUAUUCAUAUCGGAUUCAAGCAGAGAAUGCCGAAUUCGUGGGAGGCACGGCAUAAAUUGGAGGUUAAAAUGCGGCUUCGUGCUUUGAGAGUUGUGAGAGAGCAGAAGCUAGAUGGGAUAGUGAUGUUUGCUGAUGAUAGUAAUAUGCAUAGUAUGGACCUAUUUGAUGAGAUCCAGAAUGUGAAGUGGUUUGGUGCUGUUUCCAUUGGGAUUCUUGCUCAUUCAGGUGGUGCCGAUGAGUCAUCAUUGGUUACAGUUAAGGAGGAGGUUGAGAAGAGGUCGUCAAUGCCCGUUCAAGGUCCUGCUUGUAAUGCAUCUAACAAGUUGGCUGGUUGGCAUACCUUUAAUUCUCUACCGUAUGAAGGGAAGAGUGCAAUCCUUAUCGAUGAUAGGGCAACUGUACUGCCUCAACAGCUGGAAUGGGCUGGGUUUGUGAUGAAUUCUAGGUUGCUUUGGAAGGAAACUGAAGAUAAACCAGACUGGAUGAAGGAUUUAGAUUCUGUUGAUGCGGAUAUAGAAAGUCCUCUAUCUCUGUUGAAGGACCCUUCUGUGACGGAGCCACUGGGAAGCUGUGGGAGACAAGUUUUGCUUUGGUGGCUUCGUGUUGAAGCUCGCAGCGAUAGCAAAUUUCCUCCAGGAUGGAUAAUUGACCCGCCUUUGGAAAUUACAGUCCUAUCAAAACGAACACCAUGGCCAGAUGUUCCUCCUGAACCUCCUAUUACUGAAAAGCCAGUGAUUAACAUCUCAGAGCAGACUGUUAAGCAUACCAAGACGAGAUCAUCCAGAUCAAAACGCAGAAGUAAGAGAAAACAUGAAGCAAAAGUGGUGGAUACACAGGUUUCUGUGAGACAUUCCGAGCAAAACUGAAACUUUUUGGGUGAGAACAUCACAUAUACUGCUAUGUGAAUUUGAGACUGCAGGAUUUAAAAGCGUCAAAACGCCACCACAUGGUCAUGGUUGGCAGCUACAUUUGAGAAGCCAGCUAUUACAGUCAAGGCAGUGGAUACGUUGGUCUGAGUUUGAAUUCCACCAAUCACAUCAUUUUUUCUUUUAUUUUUCUAUUUUUCCUUGUACAAGUUGAGAGGGUGAUUCAUAUUCUGGUUUCAUGGAAGGUCUAUUUCACGUCUGCUGCCAAGAAAAUGCAAGGAUCUUAUAAUAUUCCAAAUUUAUACAUAAAUCUUUUUUAAAUAGGAAUAUAUAUAUAUAUAUUUGUGUUCAGUUGUUGGAUUCGUUAGAAACGAAACCCAUUGUAAUAAAUUUGUCAUUCAUUGCUGCUGUGCAGUGUAGUGUUGAAACUUGUAAUCCGUAGAAAAAUAAAGUAAAUAUAUAAAAAUAUUAAUAUUUAUGUGAUUUAUCUUA